AUGCCCAGGACCUGGACGAAAGUGUCUAACGAGGGACUGCCGGGCAGGUGUGCGGGAGAGGCAAGGACACCAAAAAACGGAGGCGAGCGGAGCAAGAGACCCAGAGCGGGAGCAGCACUGGCAGGGAGCAAAGAAGCGGGACUCACUCAGGCGUGGAACCGGGGCAGCGCGGGCCAGCGGUGCGGGCCGAGGCCGAGUCGGCUCCCCGCGCGGGCGCGCCGGGCGGCGGACUUCCCGGGCGGCGGCUGCAGCUGCUGCCACCUCCCCGCCGCCGAGCUGGCGGCCGCCGCGGAAAGCGCGGCGAGCAGCGAGCGGGGAGCGCGCGGGGCCGAGGGGGAAGGGAAGGGGCGGGGGCGGGGCGGGGCGCGGGAGGGGGCGCGGGAGCCACUCGGAGCCCGCAGUGUAGAGCGCGGCGCGGGCGAUCGGGGCGGCCCCGCGAGAGCCCCCGGGCGCUGGCCGGGGGCCGUGCGUGCCUGGGGCGCCGCGCACUCGCCUCUUGCCCGCGUGGGGGGCUUGCGGACCCCACAGCGGGAGCGACCGGGCCCGGCCUGCCUCCCCCGCGCCCGCGGCCGCUUCUCCCCCUGGCGGCAGGAUCCUGGGCGGCCGGUGGCUCCGAGAGCGCGCAGUGGAGCCCGAGCUGAGCCGAGCCCGAGCCACCGCAGCCGCCACAUCCCUGAGCGCCGCCCGGGUGCAGGGUCGCUGCGGGAGAGCGACCCCGCGGCCGCCAGGUUUUGCCUUAGAAACCUUCAUCUCUGCAUCCUGAGAGUGGAUAGCUCUGGGCAGCAAAAGCAGUCCCAUGUGCAGAAAGCAGAUUUGUGCAAGAAGUAAGCCCUCAUCUUUCUGAAAAUUGGCCCUUGUGGAUGUAACUACAUCUUUUUCUACUUGGGAGAAG